UCGGUUCCUACGUGGGAGUGAGGCAGAAGGAUUCCAAAACCAAAGCUCCGUCCAAAGCGCCCAAACACUCUAGAGCCCACGAACGGAAGAAAACAUUACUGACCACUUGCCUGUGAACUCCUCACAAACUUAGCCGUGCAGAGAGCUUUGGUACUUUGCACCACGGCAAGCUGGCGGCCAUCCUCUCAAGACAGACGUGUGCCAAAACCGCCGACUACUCCAACCACAGCCUGUGGCAACUCGUAGAAACCUCCUCUCGCUACUCAAAGCAUCGCUGCACUUACUAUAUAGGCCGGAUGCCCUCCAUAUCGUUUGCAACAAGCCAGACAAGAAGAGAGAUCGAAACUCAGUAACCGAGAGAUACUCCAAAAUCCUCAAGCACUACAGUACAUUGCGAAUAAACCAAUGGCGCCGCCGGGGCCCCUGAGCGCGACGCGGCGCACGCGUCCGACGGCGGCGCAAUGCGUCGCGGCGUCGCUGUUCGCGCUGCUGGUGGCCGCGGCGAUCAUCGUGGUGCUGUGGCUCGUGCUCCGGCCCGGGAAGCUCCAGCUCUCCGUGGACCACGCGGCCGUGGCCGGGUUCAACUUCACGGCCAAAGGCGCGCUCGUCGGCACCGCCUUCGACCUCACCUUCCGCGCCUACAACCAGAACAAGCGCGCGGCCGUGUACCACUCGCUGGACGUCGGGGUGUGGUACGACGGCACGUACCUGGGCGGCGCCGAGGUGCCGGGGUUCCGCCAGCCGCCGCACAACGAGACGAGGAUCGACGUGGCCGCGCCCGCGGCGUCGUCGCCGGUGCCGCGGGACGUGGAGAGGGAGAUGGAGAAGGACCGGUCGGCGGGGACGCUGCCGCUGGACGUGCACGUCCGGGGGAAAGUGCACUUCAGGUACGGCGUGGUGAGGACGCGGAGCUACAAGCUGCGGGCGAGCUGCCCGCUGGUGCCCGUCCAGUUCGCGUCGCCCAGCUCCUUCGAUCGGGUCUACUGCUACGUGCAUAUCUGAUGAGUACUGUAGCUCGCUAGUUCGGGCGCGCGUACGUGCACAAAUUGUUGCGGGUUUGGUUUCAGGAUUCCUUCUGCAUGUUUGGGUUGAUUUUAAACUGUUCAUCUUUAUUUGCAUUACAUUGGUUUGUUGUAUGAUUAUCAGGCAUGUAAGUGUCAUGUUCCUUAUGAGAAAUUCGUGUUCCAUAUAUGUUGCGUA